AAACCCAAAACACGAAGCGCCAGUAUUGACAGGUUCUCUACCGCAAACUGUGCUUAUUCCCGGAACAGUCCAAUCGGAUCCCAAAGACCACGUAUGGGCUAAGUCAUUCGCGCGAAGGCUUUUGGUUCCCUCCCAAUGAAAGCAUCCAACGAUGUUGUGGUUGAGUCGCGUUCCGCGCGCGUGGUCAUAUACCAAGAGACGUCCCGUGCUUGUGCACUCUUUAUGGUCCUAAGGCAUUGAUAUUUGAGGGGUGCGCGCGAAACAAAUCCCCCACCAAAGGUGGGAUUGUCUGAAGUGAGUGGGGUGUACUCCCAGCAUAGAUCACCUCCUGGGAACAUCGCUGCAUCGGCACUAUUGUGAAUUUGCCGACGCCGACGUUCCUUCUCUUCCUUCGAGAGGAAGGUUUAUUGGGUAUUACCGUUAUAUUCUCGGUUGCUUGCUGUGCAGGUGUUCUCGGCGCAGUUUGCUGCACCACAACCACCAAAGUAGCGGGCUCGACCUUUUCUCCUUUUGGCUUUGUACCAACGAAUUCAUGAACUCGAUGGCCUGGUAAUUGGAACUCCAUCAUGACAGCGAAAGCCCUGUUCGAUUUCCAUGGAUCGAGCUACCGAUCAUUGUCAUGUUGGCUAUUGCCACGCAAUGCUGCAUAGAGGCCAUGAUGUUCAACGACGAAAUUCGUAUCACAAGAUGGAAAGCCGGAGGCGGUAUGCGCCGUUGCUGCCAGCGCUUGGUGACCGAUCGCAUUCCGCGUCUGAGUGAGCAACAUGUCGGUGUCCUGUAUUACGCUGCCACAUGGCGGGACACGGCAAUCCUGGCCUGGUGGUUCUCAUCUGGCUUGAAUAUUCCGUGGGAAUCGGAUGGAUGGAUAGACAAGAGUUGUAUUCUGAUCUCUCCUACUGCCAUCCAAAACCUCAGUCCAUCGCGUUACGAUCCUCAUCACCCUUACGAGCGAUCUAAAGCCAUCGCGCCCGAGAUGGAUAAGUUCAGCACCCUUCCAACGGAGCUCAAACUGCUCAUCGUUGAGAACCUUGCCCGUAAAGACUUGAGGAGCUUGUCAGUGACAUGCAAAAAGCUCCGGUUGAUCCCUCUGUACGCACUGUUCGAUAGUGUCGUGCUAACAGAUACCGCAUCCCAAAUAUCUUCGCUGUUGCGUCUUCUCAUGAAGGAUCCCUAUCUUUCUCGGUGCAUUCGGAAGAUAGCUCUUCGUGAGGAAUCACACUGUCUGGCAGCAGCGAAUAGACUACCCUUGGUCUAUAAUAUGGAGAGUCUUCUCGACAUACUUGAUCAUGAUCCGCAGCCGGCCAAGCGGGAGCUGUACCGUUUCGACCUUGAUCCGAGAUCAGGGCAACGAUCUGAUCCAGCAUUGAGGUUGUUACUUUUGCUAGCACAUUGUGUGCACCUCGAAUCUGUUGUCUGCGAUUCCUCGGCGUUGCAAUAUCUCGAAACGAUAUGGAAUCGAGAUACCGUUAUCUACGACAGCAUACAGCACAACCGCCUUCCAGAGGUAGUGAAAUUGCCGCUGCUCAGGAAAGUCCGGAAUUUUAUUGUGCGUUGCCCUCUCCCCGAUUUCAAUAUGAUGGAGACGGCGGUGGGUCGGCAGCUUCAUCGAACCCGCAAAACAUCACCGCAGAACCUGUCCUGGUUAUCCAAAUUCCCGGAUCUUCGUACCCUCGAGGUUCCGCUGCUUUCUGAUAGGAUGAGCGACUGGCACGGAAUCAAGCUGAAUCUAGCUGCCUUGCGCAAGCUGACACUCUGUCACGCAUUCGCUCCUCCGCAAGCGCUCCGACUCAUUCUCCGUCGCACACCGAAUCUCGAAGAGCUCUUCUACGAUAUGAAAGUACAUUCUGCAGCAUCGUUUUCACCAGAAUCGCUAGAUAAAGCUUUGAGGAGUGUCCGAAAGUCUUUGAAAAACCUCUCCCUCUACUACACCGUAUACCCAUACGUAGAGCAAACACCCGUAUUCCAAGGCCGUCUUCAAUCACUGAAGCGAUUCCCUUGCUUGAAAACCCUCGGUAUCUCACUGAGUCUGCUCUUUGGGCCCGACGUUGACUUGAACAGUCCGUUCUUUGCUCGUAUGCUCCCCACUACGCUCGAGCGCCUUUACAUCCGCGAUGACAUCCCAACAGGAGCUUUUGGCCGGUUGAGUCGUACCUCGAUUUUAUUCGACUUCGGUGUCUUCGUGUAUGGAGAAUACAGGGUGUUUCCAAACCUUCGCACGACCGUUGUGGAUCUGCGAGAGGGUCUAGGGCUUCUUACGCCCGUGCGCCACAGCUUGUAUGCCUACAGAGCCACUCGCUCUAGGUGGUUUAAUUUUGAAACUAUUUACUAG